AUGCCGCCGACUACUAGGCUACCCAUGUACGCGUCAUACUUUGCGAAUGAUCGAUUCAUCUGGAAACUGGUCUGGCGAUGGUUUGAAACUGGCGGCAAGCCCCUAAAGAAAUCUCGACAUUCCUACAAAACCUGCAUAUGGAUCGUCUGCAACGUAGUGCUGAAGUGCAACUGUAAGGCGUCGGUGGUUGCGGCAACCGUGUUCGACCGCGCGACCGAACAAUUCUGUCUGGCACAAAAGAUCAUACCACGGCAAGCACGCCAGCGCAUGCAAUGCAAAAACUGCUACUUGCUCUACAAAUGGUUUAAUGAAGUCGGAGAUGCCCUGUCCGAUGCGGUCAGCCGACUAUCAACGACCUUUUGGGCGAAAGAUAUGACGGUUGGGCCAGGAAAGAAUUCCAGAUGGCAAUGCGUGACAUCAAUGAGGGUCCAAAAACCC